UGCCUUGCAAAGUAGAUGUUUCAUGCUGAAAUACGCAGAAAAAUCGAUAAGUUUUUUUUUAAAUCCUGUUUAAAAAAUUACUUUUAGAGAAAAUUGUUAACAAGUUUAAGGAUGUCUCUCUGGGUGAAUUAUUGUGUCUGAAAAGUUAUCAAACAUGAGGGAAAUACAUAUCGCUUUGCUUAUAGCAUUUAUAUGUGCAUCAGAAGUUAUAUCUACAUCAACCACAAAUGGAAAUGACGGGAGCACAACAGAAAUUUCGCAAACUGAAACGACAAAUGACACCACAUCAGACUCAGCUGCGACUACAACAGAGGCAAUCGAUACAACGACGGAACCAGCUGAUACUACAACAGAGUCAACUGAUACAACAACAAUUACAACACAACCAUCAACAUCGUCAACAACACCACCAACAACAACAUCAUCAACAACAACAACUUUCGAUACAACAAGUGCUGUUGAUGAAGUUAUGACAACUGUUAUGGCAAUUGACACAACAACGAAACAAGCUGAAACUACAACAGAGGCAAUUGAUACAACAACAACAACAAUUACAACACAACCAUCAACAUCGUCAACAACACCACCAACAACAACACCAUCAACAACAACUUUCGAUACAACAAGUGUUGCUGAUGAAGUUAUGACAACUGUUAUGGCAACUGACACAACAACGGAACAAGCUGCAACUACAACAGAGUCAACUGAUACAACAACAACAACAAUUACAACACAACCAUCAACAACAUCAACAUCACCAACAACAACAACUUUCGAUACAACAAGUGCUGUCGAUGAAGUUAUGACAACUAUCCUCGCAAGCAACACUACAACGGAACAAGCUGUAACUACAACAGAGGCUAUUGAAACAACAACAGUGCUGGAUAUAACGGAUGUUAGCACUACAGAAGUUAUAUCUACAUCAACCACUCCUGCAAAUGGAGAGACUUCAACAGAAAUUUUGCAAACUGAAACGACAAAUGACAUUACAUCAAAUUCAGCUUCGACUACGACAGACGCAAUUGAUACAUCAACAACAAUUACAACACAGACAUCAACAACUACAACAUCAUCAACAACAACUUUCGAUACAACAAGUGAUGUUGAUGAAGUUAUGACAACUGCCUUGGCAAACGACACAACAACGGAAGAAGCUGUAAUUUCGUCAGAUGCCUUGGUAACUACAACUGUCGAGACAACGGAUGUUAAUGAUGAAUCUAACGCUGCAUCCAUACAAGAGAUCAAUGGUUUACAGAUAGACUAUAGUCCCUAUUCGUUUUAUGGGAAUUUGACGAUUUUCAACAUUUCAUUGACCAGUGGCUCGAACCACACAACCUUAGCUGUGAUUAAUAAUCAAACCACUAUAGUCUGUGAUGAAGACAGCAAUGCUUUGGUGUAUGAAUGGAGUUAUAAUUUCAAUCUUACAGGCGAUAUCAAUAUUACUAUAAUUGUUUCAAACGACAUAUCGCAGAUGUCGAAAUCCUUCAUCAUUUACAAAUAUUAUCCGAUAAAUGGAAUAUCUACAACAAAUAUAAGUAGCGUUUACAAUACUAGCGAGGCUGUGACGAUGAAUCUUUUCACUGAAUUAAACGUGAUGAUACCCCAAGGAUUCAUCAACUUCACUGUCGACUGGAGUGAUGGUAACUAUUCCAUGGGAAUCCUUGACCUCAAUGAACAACCUCUAAAACAGCAGAUUCAACUCCUCCAUCCAUACUCCAUUCAAGGGAACUACACUGUUGUUUUAACUCUUCAAUCGCAACUGGAAGCUUUAAACCUAUCAUACAACGUUUACAUAUGGGAUAGGCUGAGUGUAUUGCUCAACUCGUCUGUAAAAGCAAAAGUAAAUGAAGAAAUUGAGUUUAUGUUUUCCAAUCCUCCAAACUCAAAUUUUCGAUACCUCGUGACCUAUGGAGAUGGAUCCUCGAUGCAAAAUGUGGAAUCUGACUUGUAUAGACCAUUUGAUAUUUCAACGUUAAUGAAAUCUUUUUCGACACCGGGUCUUUUUGACGUUUCUAUGCAAGCAUGGAAUCCAUUUUAUAGCAGCUCGAAUGCAUAUACAGUUAAUGUCACAGCCUACACGCCCGUCCGUCUCUUUGGUGGCGCUGUACAUUUCGAAGGAUCAGUUGAGGUGUUUUAUGCCGGAAAAUGGUGGUCAAUAUGCGACACAGACUGGGAUAUAACGGAAGCCAAUAUUGUCUGUUUUAUGGCAGGGUAUGCCAGAACUGCCGCUACGCCGUACCUAGGUACACACUUUGGCGUUGGUGCAACGAUAUGCAUGUCAAUUAAUUGUGGAGGAGAGGAGUGGGACAUAGAAGAUUGCAGUCCUCAGAUUAAUGUACCAACCUGUCCACUUGCUGGAGUUCACUGCUCCACAAACGGGGUGUUCAUGCUGAAACUAUCCAAUGGUCAAGAUUCUACUGUCUCGUUGUUGACUGGACAAGACACAGUGAUCAACUUUGAUUAUGUCGCCGACAUUGCUUCCUUUGAAGCAAUACUAGAUAACAACAUUGCUCUUGAUACUCAAGGUGUACAAAACAACAUUCAAAACAAAACGUACCAGUUCUCUCUUUCUCCAACAAUGAUUUCCGGAUAUGGGAUUCACCAGAUCGUAUUCAGACUAACUAGCGAAAUGAGCGUGAAAGAGGUGAAAGUUGAAGUCAAUUUUGAAGAAAAUAUCAGCCAAUUUCAGGUUGAAUACGAUAAGUUCGUCGAAUAUAGAAAACCUACAAACUUUAAUGCUACGGUUGCUUCUGGAUCAAAUUUGCAUUUUACAUGGGUGUUUGGUUCCACUGUAAUUAACUGCAACUUCACUGGAAAUGGCACACAAUUCUUUAGUUUUAACCAUACAAUUACCGAAUACGGCAACGUAAAUGUCACGGUUGUUGCCUCAAAUUCCAUUGCCACAGCAACGCAGUCAUUCAAUGUCAUUGUGUUUAACAGAAUCAAUGGGAUAAUUAUCAAUACAAGUAAACCAUCGUAUGAAACACUCGAGGAAGUUGACAUAAAUUUAAUGGUUACAGAUGAUGCACUUCAACCUCAAGGACAGGUAAACGCAACCAUAGAUUUCGGAAAUGGAAACAUUACCCAUUGCCUUCUGUCUGUUAACGAUACGUAUCUUAUACCAAAUUUAAACUUUUUCCAUCAUUAUGAAACUCAAGGAAAUUAUUCAAUACCGCUUAUUCUUAAGUCGUACGGCGAUACUUUAUACAAGACGCAUAAUAUCCAAGUAUGGGAUAAACUGAAUGUUAAUCUCUCAUCUGUUACUGAGGGGAAAGUGGACGUUGGUAUUCAGUUUACCUUUGGAGCAACGCCACGGUCAAAUUUUUUGUAUCAUAUAUCAUACGGAGAUGGAACACACAUUCAGAAUAAUGAAACCGAUCUCUAUCGGAAUUACGACUUUGAAAGCUGGAAUAAAUCAUACAACGAGCCUGGACUAUACAACGUGUCCAUGAAGGCUUGGAAUCCGGUCCAUGACAGUUACUUUUCUUAUCUUAUCAAAAUCACGCAAGACCAGAUAUUGAAUUACACCAUCGACAAAGAAAAUAGCCAGAUCAUUCCAUACUUUUACGGGGACUCAAAAGAAAUUUUGCUUUAUUUCGAAACCCGCAACAAUACUGUGCAAGAAGUAGAAUUUGAAUUGAUGAUUGGAGAUGCAUUAAUUAACUCCAGUUCUAUUAUCAUAAACCAGUCUGAGGCAAAAGUAAAGACAAUUCAUCUUCCUCUCCAUCGGCUAUUGCAAGAUAUUCCCUUUGGAAACCAUUCUAUGAAUAUGACACUUUUUGCUCAAAACAGAACCGAGGUCAAUGGAUUAAUCGUUCAAUUAUACUACGAGGAGAAAAUAACCGGCUUACAGGUGUUUUUCGAAAAGAAUGUUGAAGUCGAAAAAAAUGUCGUGUUUGACGCAACACUCGAAAGUGGAUCAAAUUUUGGAGUGAAAUGGAUUUACAAAAAUAACUCAGCUGAGUUUAUGUAUUUAAACAACAAUACUAGAUAUUUUAGUCACAACUUUACCUUGUUUGACACUGGGGACAUAGAAGCUUCUGUAACUGUCACAAAUCUUGUUUCCAACCAGACGUAUUCAUUCCUGUUUCAUGGUUAUUACAGAAUAAACGGUAUUUUCCUCAAAGUUGGAGAAUUUUAUGAAACAACAGACACAUUUGAGGUGGCAGUUAUUGUUAACAGUACUGCUAAACAACCCCAGGGCAAUGUGAAUCUCAAUUUAGAUAUGGGAGAUAAUAAAGUGAUUGACACAAAUUUAACAACUGGUGAUGGCACCUUGAAUUCGGGAUAUAACACAUCUAAACAGUAUCCUAUUCAAGGAAACUAUACAAUUAUUGCUAACUUAACAUCUCCGCUUGGAUCUGAAGUUUUUUCGUCCACUGUAUAUGUGUGGGACAAGUUGACAGUGAAUGUGUCCUCGGAAGUGGAAAAAAAAGUUUUUGAAAACAUUACGUUUGAAUUUCAAAACACGCCCAAUUCUAACUUUUUAUAUAUCUUAUCAUAUGGUGAUGGUGAUAUCCGUCAAAACAACUACAGUGAUUUAUUUCGACCAUAUGAUUUCGAAAGCUGGAACAAAUCUUACAAUUAUCCAAAUGACUAUAAUGUUUCUCUCUAUGCUUGGAAUCCAGUAUACAGCAGUUUCCAUUCAUAUAUGAUUCAUGUGACACAAGACCAGAUAACAAAUUUUACAUUUGAUGGAAAUCAGUCAAUGCCAAUUUUGCUAGUUUCAAAGUCGGUUGUCGAUGUCCACUUUAACUUUUCCACCCUCAACAAUACAAUAGUUCCCGAUCUCCUCUUCAAUGCUACUAUUGGCAACUUAAGCAUCGAUACCAGGACAGCCAAAAUUGAUCAACGGGCCGGUCUUCUUGUGUUUAGCAUGGAUUCGUCGCUGAUGGGGAAUCUUAUUUACGAAUUGUACACCAUCAAGUUCUCAAUGCUAGCUCAGAAUGAAACUGAAGAGCAUUCCUUAGAUAUGACCAUUAUUUAUGAGCAAGCAAUUGAAGAUAUAAUGGUUGACUACGACCUAUACACAGAGGUAGGAUUCCCCCUUGCAUUCAAUGUGAGCAUAAUUAAUGGAUCAAACAUGGAGACUGAUUGGUUUCUGGGUCCGACAGACACACUCCAUUUUUUACAUCCUUGUAAUUCUACUCGGUCACUUCUUUUCAACCACACGUUCAAAGAAACAGGAGACAUCAAUGUCACUGUUGUUGGGAAAAAUCGUGUGUCUGCAUUAAGUAAAAGCGUCAUUGCUUACCACUACUAUCAAAUCAAUGGAUUUGUCUUGCAAUCAAAUACGACCGUCCAAACAAUUGAAAAUGCAACAAUCGUUUUGCGGGUAGAAAACUCUGCAAACCAACCCCAAGGAAUGGUAUAUAUUGAAAUUGAUUUCGGCGAUGGUGACUCAACAAAUAUAUCUUUGGAUGCAAAAGACGAUGAGCUUGCAGUUGGAGUUCCGUUUAGUCACCACUAUGUUUAUCAAGGGGUUUACAAUAUUACUGCAAUCCUCAAAUCGCACAUCAACAGCAAGAAUUUGACAACAGAUAUUGGUAUUUGGGACAAAUUAGACGUUAAUCUAGCACCAGUUUCUCCUACUAGAGUAAACCAUGAAGCCGAAUUUUCGUUUAUUUCAACCCCAAACUCUAAUUUUAUGUACAAUGUUUCUUAUGAUGAUGGGACAUUCGUUACAAACAAAGAAAGCGAUCUGUAUCACCACUAUAACUUUACUUCUUGGAACAAGUCGUAUUCCCAACCAAAGAAAUAUUAUAAUGUGUCAGUGAAGGCAUGGAAUCCAGUUCAUUCUUCCAUAAACUGGAUUGAUGUUCUAAUUGAACAUCCUUUACAUGAGGGAAAGAUAGGAAUGUCACCGAAUAUUGAAAUGAUUCCCAGGCCUGAUGGAAAGCAGAAUAUUACAAUGAGUCUUCUUGAAAAUCUGCCUGACCCAUCCAAUGUUGUUUGCACUUUUGACAAUGAUGAAGAUGAUUUAGUGAUAAAUUACACUAUUUCUCGAUUCGGAUACAAUCAUCCUGUAAAAAGAAACUACACAUUCCAAAGGGAUGGGGACAAGAACGUUACUUUCACUUGUUACAAUUCAGUCAGUAGCUACCAAGGCUUUUCAGUAAUACAAGUUCGCUCUUUUACUGCUGAUGACUUCAAUUAUACAUUUUUGAAUCCUGUGAACAUGAACAUGUCACUUGUGCCUACAAUUCCAUCUGAUGGAAUACAUUUUCCAUUUAAACCAAAACAUGACCCUGUGAACGUCAUAUUUAACUUAACUUUAUUUGAAUGUUCUCGUCUGCCUCCGAAUAUUGAAACGGUUUGGGUUUUUGGUGACGGAACCAGCGAAAACCGGUUCAUUCAGACCGAAUUUGAAUAUAUACACGAGUUCAAAAUGCGUGGUAACUAUACGAUGACCUUUACAAUUUUAGAUCACAACUAUAAUACGUCGUCAAUCCGUGUGCAUAAUAUUACACUUGGAACCAUGAUUUUGUUCUGCGACAAACAUAGCGUUGAUUUAAGAAAAGAAACAUUUACACUUACGGCUACGAAAAUGUUAGGAAAUGCAACAUACGAGUUUCAGGUUGACGUUUUAGAAAAUAACCAAAACAUCUAUAACUUGCAGGUAAUUGAAGACUCUUAUGAACCCCUCCACGCAUAUAGUACAACAAAUGUGAGUCUGCAAUUUUAUGAGUACGGAUUUUAUCUUCCGAAAGUCAAGGGUUUCAAUGGUUCUGUGACAGAAAUUGUAUAUCUAGACAAUCCGAUCAUUGCUGAUUAUAACAUUACAGGUGAAAUAGAUCUUGUUGCUGAUGCUAGUAAUUGGAGAGUUGUAUCUCCACCAGGGGAAGUGAAAUUCUUUGUUGAAAUUAUAAAUAAAACAGAAGAUUCUCGGUUUGGAAUACCAAAGAGGCCAUUUACACAUUGUAGUCUCCUCACUGGGGACCUGGUGGAUAGAUUUCAGUAUAAACAAACUUUUAACAUCACGGCAGACACCCCAAUGCAAUAUAACAAUACGUAUAUUUCACUCGGAAACCUUACUGUGUCUAUCUCUUGUUCAAACAAUAUUUCGGAUGUAACGAUUACCAAACCGAUUUACGUAGGGAAUGACUGUUAUUCAAAAGUUGGUCUAUUUGAACGAAAAUAUUCAAUGCCAAAUGAGUCUUUACCUGUAUCCACUGCAACGGAUGUCUAUAUAUAUAGUAGGAUAAAUGUCCAUUGUCUUGAACAUAAUAUCAAAUACAACUGGACCAUCCGAAAAACAAAUCUAGUUGGAGCAGAUCUGGAGGUUGUAAAUUAUACAAAUCCUCUAGGAACAAACACGGGAACGUUUUUGAUAACGAACGGAUCAUUUGCUGCAGGGUAUUACAAAAUUGAAUUAAACGUUACCCUCAGCUCUACAUACUUCCACGAGUAUACGUACAUGACUUUUAAGGACCCACUGCCAUUUUCAUACAUUUCUGGUGGUAGCACAAGGACAGUAUCAUCGAACACACAAUCGUAUGAGUUUGAUGCUACCUUCUCUCAUGAUGGAAAAGGUGAAAGGGGAAACAUCAUCAGAUUUACAUGGACUUGUAAAAAGAUCAAUCAAGCGUUUCCUUUUGGUAAUAAUGAAAUUGACAUGAAAGCAAGGAGCAAUCAAGGCGGUUCCUGUGGCACAGGAAAUUCACAGUCCAACGGCAGAUACGAAAUUACAGGUCUUAAUCCUGGUGAAAUGUUUGAAGCAACGGUUACUGUUCAAAGAAUAAGUGAUGUUAAUCAACCAACAGACAGCUUUACCCAGCUUUUAGUUGUCGACUCCGGCUCUAUCCCGGUUCUCUCAUUAAGAUGCACAAAAAAUUGCCUAUCAAAAGUAGCUGUUGCAUCUCCCCAUGCACUGAGAGGAGUUUGCUCGAACUGUGAAAGUUCAGGCCUGAAAAAGUUAAGGUCAAAAUGGAAACUGUGGGUUGAAAAAGAAACAUCGGCCGAUGUAUUCGUGGAGGUUGCUAAUUUCACCAAUAUGACUGGAAUUACAGGUACUUUCAAAGAGAGUGUUAUAAUUGAUGGUGGUCAACUAGAAAGUGGAAAGAAAUACCUUAUUGCAAUGGAAGGCGCAUUCAAUGACAGCUCAUAUACCCCCAAUUUCGUAUACACAACAUUUAAAACGAACUUUCCACCAUACAAUGGACACUGUACAGUGAAUACCACCACAGAUACAAUCAACCGACUGAGUGUGAAUUGCUUUGAUUGGUUGGAUGAGGGGUUACAUGAAAAUAGAGAUGCAGUGAGGGACCGGAGUAACGCAGUAGUGUUUCAAUAUUUGUAUGAAACUAAAAUCACCAGAAAUACGUCCUUUGGAGUUCAAACAAUGACACAUUAUCUAUACCGUGGCGGCGAAAGUACAAUUAAAGAAGUUCCCGUUCAAGCUGGCGAUAACUUUACCGACUACAAUGUGACUAUUCUGGUCAAAAUCUUUGACGAGCAAGGGGAUUUUUCUCUUUUCGAAACUACAACACAAAUUAUUCCACCAACAAAACCAGCUCAGAUUAAUGUCAACUCUGUAGAGGGAUUCUUCGAUAACGUUCUUGCGUCAUAUUCCCAGGCUGUUGCUGGGGGUAACAAUAUGGCGGCUGUUGGAGUCUUGGGAGCUGCAGCAUCGCUGUUUGACAACGUUACAAAUACAACUACGGUACCUACCGAGGACGAGGUUUUAUCGAGCAAACGUGUAGCCGACGAGGACACCAUGAAUCCAACCAUCAACCCCGUUGAAGCGCUUUAUAUUCAGAAAAUAAAAGAGAUCAUGGGAUUUUUUAAGUCGGACAUCACACUAGACUGUACAGAAAAUGCGAAGAAGUUCAGUAUCAGUGAUAUCCAACAUGUAUUCAGUACCUUGGAAUCCCUCGUUCUGCUAACACAGUACAUACCUAUAGAUAUUUUGGAGGACUUGACAACUUUUAUUUUCAACAUGACGCAUUGUUUUGAAGGAGUUGUUAAUUUUGUCACAGACGAGCUCGAUGACGGUGUAACGUUUAUUCCGAUUCAAUACAGCGACAUUAUCAGAGAUAUAUGUGAAGUUGCUCUUCGGGUUUUGAACACAGUUAUGGACAAAAUGUUACCAGCCAAACUACAGAAUUUGGAUGUGGAUCUAAAUUUGGAAGACAUUGAAGCAGAACUUGCUUUGAAAACAGAAUUUGAAAACAAAAUGAAUGCACACAAAGGCUUAUCAAACGUAACAAAUUACAGAGGAAAAGCAAAUCAAGUUCUUCUGGUCCGCCAGCACGUUCGCGGUAUUCAACAAAGUCAGGUCAACCUGACAGCCAAAAUACUUCAUAGACAACAAGAAGUUAUCGCAAUACUACAAGAAAUUACGUUGAGGUCUUUGUCGCUGGGUGAAAAAUCACUAAUAUCAACUACUGUACUAGACAUAGUCACUCAGAGAGUAACACCCGAUGACGUAGAUGAAACAUACGUCAAAAACUUCGAAAGCAACAAAACAGAGCUCCUGAUCAAGAUUAUAGUGUACAAAAGAAAUCCUUACAACUACGUUGAGAACGCUUCUUCAUUGACAACUGGUGUGUCUUCCAUUGAUAUGGGCCCAGAUGCAAUUGUGGAUUCAGUAAUAAAGAACCCACCAGUUCCCGAGGCUACAGUCUAUGAACCAAAACUCCAGACUACAUACCCCGAACCAAUGAUUUACUUCAAGUUUGAAGUAGAAAAUGACGGGGAUGCUGGUGUGGUGUUCUUCAAGCCAGACAACUUUGACAUUAGCAGUACCCCCAACGACACACUGUAUAGCUUUUAUUUUAGUAGCGUCUACUUCCCGACAUCCCAAGAUUUUGAAGUUGUUGUGUCAGCUGCCAAUUGGUCGACUGCAGACGACGGUUUCAAGAUAUUUUUGGAUGGCGGUGUUUGCAACAAAGGAAUAUGUUACAUGGGAAUAAAAUUAGGAGUAGUGGACGUAACUUCCUCUCAGUCUGAUACCACUGGUAACUCCAGAAGAAGAAGGCGUGACACAGGUCAAGAAGCAGCCAAUGACACCGCGGCGUUCACUCCAACAGCCUCUAACUUUAGCAUGGCCAUUACAACUACCGGAUGUCGUUCUUAUGACAAAGCUACGGAUACCUGGACAUCGGAUAAUUGCGAGGUUUUGAGAAUCAGUACAAAAGAAAAUACGGUGUGCCGAUGUUCAGGGACAACCUUUUCUUCAACGUUUGUAGUACCUCUGAAUACGAUAGAUUUCGCAAAUGUAUGGGGAAAGUUUGAUCCUGCAAAUGCUGCCGUGUAUGGAACGCUCAUUGCAUUUCUUGUUGUAUACGUAAUAGCAGCCUUAUAUCUCAGACGUCAAGAUAAAAAAGACGAGGAAAAGUGGGCGACACAUUUUCUAAGUGACACUGAUGGUGGGGAUACAAACUUUUAUUUACUAACAGUACAAACUGGCAUGCGUAAAGGAGCUGGAACCUUAUCAAAUGUUAAUUUUAUCCUUUCUGGUGACGAAUCUGACACUGGGAUUAGAACUUUGUCGGAUGGUGUUCGAAAGGGGUUUGCAACAGCAAGUGUAAAUAAAUAUAUUAUGGGAACCUCAGAACCUCUUGGCAACCUGACACACCUUCGAAUAUGGCAUGACAAUUCGGGACCAAAAGGAAGCCAGAGUUGGUAUUUGAAUAGAGUAGUCGUGGAUGAUUUACAUACCCAAGAAAGAUAUAUUUUCUUGUGUGACAAAUGGCUCUCAGUCGAAGAAGAAGAUGGAAUGAUUGACAGAAUUCUUCCUGUCUCAAGCAAUGAUGACAUAACAUCUUUCAAUAACCUCUUUUCCGAUCAUGCACAGUCAAACAUAAGUGAACAGCAUUUGUGGCUAUCCAUGUUUAUUAGACCUCAAAGAAGCAUAUUUUCCCGCGUUCAACGUCUCUCCUGUAUAUUAUGCAUGCUUUUCCUUACGAUGAUUACCAAUGCCAUGUUUUUCCGGUCCUCUUCUGAGGAUAAAGUAGACGGGGUUUGGCAGGUUGGUGUAAUAAGAAUUUCAAUAACAACUAUCAUUGUGUCCAUAAUAGGAAUAUCCAUUACCACACCACCAAUUAUGUUCAUAACAUUUGCCUUUCGAAAAUGUCGUCCUCCACCACCUAAGAUUACAAAACCGAAAAAGAAAAAACCGAUUGCAACAAUCUCUGGUAGCGAUAAUGAAGUAUACAGUUCAGAAAUAGAAAAUGAUGAUGCAGGAUCUGGGACUGAAGAUGAUGGAAUUGAAAACGCAUCAGAAGACGAUGAUUCCAAUAAUAAGAUGAUAGCUAAGAACUUGGAAAAUUUACUUGAUAACAAUCAUCUUCCAUUGCCUCAUUGGGUUCGAAGAAUUGCGUGGUUUGUUGUGUUUAUGUCCGUUCUCUCUUCAGCCUUCUUCUUGCUGUUGUACAGCAUGGAGUGGGGAAUAGAAAAGUCAGAAGAAUGGCUCUCCUCCUUUAUGCUGUCUUUCUUUGAAUCCCUUUUGUGCGUGGAUCCACUAAAGGUUCUUCUGAUUUCGGUUGUGUUUGCGUUGAUAUUCAAAAGAAUGGCUGACGAAUCAGUCCCUCCAAAAGUUGAUUUUGAAAAACUUCAAACAAUUUCAAAGUCCCAAUUCAAGGCAAAGAGCAGAGAAGGAUUUAACGCAUUGGUCAACAAUAUAGUAACUAGCCAGAAACCCCUAUCGGAAGAGCAGGUGGCAAUCAUGAGAAAGAAACGGCAAGAGGAACGAACAGCAAAGGCCGCAAUGAUAACACUACUAGUGUAUGCGAUAUACGUGUCGGCCAUUUACAGCAUCAGCUACAUGGAGCGUGACCAGCGAGGUUAUACGUUUAAACAGAGUUUAGAUGAUUACAUGUACAGUUCAUUUUCUAAAGUGUCAGAUAUAGACUCUUUCUUCGGUUGGUUAAAGGGCUCUUUGCUGCCGACCUAUUUUCCGCAGAAAAACUACGCCAAUCAAACAAUAUUUUUUGCUCGUGACCUACAAUACUUUUCGGACAAUGUUAGCAUACGAAUAGGUCCACCAAGGCUAAGGCAGGUCCGGAUGGGAACAGGUGAUUGCGAAUAUUCAAGUCUAACAUGGCCCUAUCCUUGCUAUGACCGAUACUCAAUCACAGAUGAGGAUGACCAAUCAUACUGUGUCGGAUGGACUCCGUACAACGAGAGCUGCGCCAACUCAAACGACAAAACAAUCAAUGCUUGGAAAUUCACAAGUGCGCUUGACAUAUGGGGGAUUCCAAAGGCAGGGGAAUAUAAUACCUACAGUGGUGGUGGUUAUAUCAUAAGCUUAAAAGAAACAAUAUCUGAAGCGAUGGAUAUUGCGAAUGACCUUUUGACCGAACAGUGGAUCGACAGACAAACAAGGGCAGUAUUCCUCGAGUUCACUUUAUACAACCCAAACGUAAAUCUAUUCGCCUAUGUAAUGUUUCUGACAGAAUUUACCGAGUUUGGUCGAGUUUUGAUUUGGUAUGAGUCGGAAGCAUUUCGACCAGUAUCGUCUGCUGAAGCCGUUGGGACUUACGUCAUAGCUUGCUAUUCAAUUUUUAUUGCUUACGUCAUUUACUCUUUUGUAAAGUUUAUCAGAGGAAUUCGAAACUUGGGCUGUCCCGAUUAUCUGAAACACCCAUGGCAUUAUGUUGAUAUGAUAAUGGCAUUUUUGGGAUUUGCUGCAAUCGGUGUUUAUAUAGUCCGCAUCCAAGCUGCAUCAAAAGCAAUGGAUCUUUAUUAUGAUCAGUUGGUUACAGGAUCGCAGUUCAUCAACUUUGCAAACGUCGUGAUAUGGGACAACACGUUUUCUAUAAUUUUCGCCAUACUUGUCUUUGUUUCCAUCAUACAGUUUCUACGGAUUUUGGGUUACAGCAAGAAAGUAACGGAAAUCCUCUCCGUCAUCACUAAUGUCGGACGAGAUCUCUACGGAUUCUUGAUCAUGUUUUCCAUCAUGUUCUUUACCUUCGUAGGAACAGGUUACCUCUUAUUUGGAUCAAGCGUCAAAGAAUACAAAAGUUUCUUCAGCGUUAUUGGAAGUCUGACAAAUACCUUCAUUGGUGUGAACAGCCUUGAUGCUUUGGUAGAAUCGAACCCUGUGGUGGCUAGAAUGUUCUACUUCAUGUACAUUCUCCUGGUUAUCAUGACUUUGUUCACUAUUUUUGCCGCCAUUCUGAACAAAAGUAUUACUGAUGUGAAGGAAGAGAGCGCAGGCGCUGCAGAGAUCGUUGGUGUAAUGGAUAUAGUGUUGAAGUCCGCUAAGUCAGCAUUAGCUUUUGUGCCUUCCGUGGGCAAAAACAAUGCUGCCGAUGAAAAAAAUGAAAACUGGAGUAAUCUACAAGACGAGCUGCGUAAAGGAAAUGUAAACGCAAUUAAUGUGAUGCGACUAGUAAGAGAAACAUUUAGUGACAUUGAAGGAGUGGAAGUGCAGCCCCAGCCAGAGAAGACGGAAAACAAAUCGGCGACGGGAGUCGAAGAAUUCCUUCUAAACGUGGACAGAGGAAAUUCAGAGCUAGGCUCCGAUAGUCCAUCCCAGAUAUCUCUUCGAGAGGAGUUGGACGAUGACGAGAAGAAAGUCCGAUUUAAGUUUAUAUGAGUGACCAUUGGUUUGUCACCUUUUUGGACUUGUUAAAAUCUGUAUUGUUUGUUUUUUUCUAUGCAACUUAAAUUUGAUCAUUAAGUUUGUACGAUUAGCACAACCAUUCGACAAAAGUGAAAUGAGUUUCACUGAUAAAAGUUAAACUUAUACCACAAUAUUUUCAGUUAAAUGACAAUAUUUUCGAAUUUCACACAUGUUUGAACAGCAUAAUUUACGGAGGAAAUCAGUGUUAAAAUAAAAUGGAUAAUAUAUAUGCUCACUUGAUCGUAGAACAGAUUUUGAACCUCUAAUAAUUUCAUGGAAGAUGAUAAUACCGUGUUACAGUGAUUCAUCGCCUAGUUUUUUUUUAUGAAAAAGGGUAUCAAGUAUUCAUUGACAACAAUUUGGAACAAGACCCACUCGUAAAAUGAAAAAGCGCAUAUACUCUUGAAAAUAAAACUUUCAUAUUUUGGAAAUCUUACACCAGGUAUAUUCGAUCGACAUGCUUAAAAUCGAUAUUCUGAUCAAUAUAUACCGUUGAGAAUGGAUAUUCUAAAGAUAUGCUGGAUAUAUAUAUAAGGAUUCUAAUGGGGUUUUUUUUUCUUAUUUGAUUACAGUUUAUAGGCUUUAUUCCUUUAAUAGAAACUGAGUUUUAAUUAUAUUCUUUUGGGAAAAUAUAGCUUAUUUCUCCCAAUGAGUUCCAGAGCUGAAAGUAUUAUUUAUCGAUGUGAUAAGAGAGUGAUAAGAUGACAAUUUUACUUUUAAGAGAAAGCGGUUCUAUUUAUUGAUGUACAUAUAUAUACCGAUAAGUUAUGUUACUUGUUCACAUUGUUACACAAUUUUGAUUUUGAAUAAACAAAUGAAAAUGU